GCCUGCCUCCCUUCCCCGUGAGCUCGGCUCAUCCCCUCCUGUUGCCUCGCUGCCGAGGGAGGGUCUGCCUGCCUCAUCCAUCCGAGCUCAGCCACAGGAGGCUCCUCGCCCCCUUGUCCUGCUGCCUGCCAAGGAGGUGAUGCUGCUCUGGUGACAUCCCAGCACCGGCAGAAAGAGCCACCCCUGCCAGGAGAUCAACAGCACAGGAGGAAAAGUGCACUUGGCCGAAAGGAUGCUGUCCUGGCUCCGGGGAUAAGGCAGAGAAUCCUUUCUGCACAGAUCCCAGCACCUGGAGGAGAUGUUCCAGGAAAAUCAGCAGCGAGCUCGUGCUCUGGAGCAGGGACUGGUGCCUCAUCCCAACACUGCUGCCUGCUCUGAAAGAAAGGCGACUUUUUGACCGUUGCUAAUGAGAAACUCAGAGCUCCAUACUCCUUAAGCCCUGAAUUAGGAGAGAAGAGUUCCCCCAGACGUUUGGCAAAGCAGAAAGCAACCUUCCCCAGCUCACCCAAGGAUAAACCACCUGCUGUGGGAGAGAGAAGCUGGCAGAAAGCUGAUUGCUCAGUCUGUCUGGAAAAACAACACUUGCAAAGCUCAAAGCUGUGCAAACCUUCGCAGCUCAGCUUGAGAGAAGGACCAAAGCUUUUCACCACCCAAAGGUGACCUCCCAAAAGGAGACCCAAAGUAUUUUUAGGAUGAAAUAAAAGCCAGAAGGAAGUGUGAAACACAAGUGUGAUGCUCGCUGUCAUCAUGACAGCAAUGUGCAAAGUGGUUUGCAAAGCCCUGUCCCUCGCAAUUUGCUCGACUGUGUGAGCAGCAGCCUUGACACCGAGAGGAUGCAGCAUCUCAUGCUGAAGCCAUCAUGCCAUCUGUGCUAAGCUUCCUCUUCUGACCUCCUUUGUGAGUCUGGUGAGACAGGAGAUCUGAAGGUAAAUAGGGAAAAUGGACCAGAGCUGACAGAGAGCAAUGACUGAGAUUUAUUUCAAGUUCCGCGGAAACCUGACUGGCCGCGUCCACCUUCCAACUCUGGCUACUGAAGUAGACACAGCAGCAGACAAAUAUUCCGGCCUCUAUGUGUAUGUGGGAUUGUUCCUAACCCUCCUGGCCCUCCUCCUGAUCCUGCUUUUCUCCAUGCUCCUGCGCCUGAAGCACGUGGUGUCCCCCAUCACCUCCCCAGAGAGCACUGAGAACGCGCAGCAGUUCACAGACGUGGAGAUGCACAGCAGGAUCCCCACCACCUAGGGAGCCCACAGCAAAGAGAGCUCUGUGCUUGGCAAAGGUGUUUUGGUCAGCAAAAGGUGCUGGAAAGAAGCUCUGGCUGCCUGUUGAGCCCCUCAGCAGCAUCUGGAGAGUGUCACUGGCUGUUGGCACCACAGGCAGCACGUGUGCAGCCUCCAUAAAAUCGACAUUACAGAAACCUGCUGCUGUCAGGGAAUGCUCACACCCCUCUAAAAACCUAAGAACCGCAUUAAUGACAGCCAAAAAGCCAGAGGAACAUAGCAGAAUGUGUCCUGGAGCCUGUGUUUGCUGACCUCUCUCGCUGAAUCAACAAAGUUUAAGUAGUGAAAGUGGGAAGAGCCCACGGGGCACACACAGGAAUUGUCAGCAGCUUGAAAAUUCUCAGGCAUUUCCCCUAUUCAAGAAGGAAAACAUUAAAUUGUUCUCUUUUUUCACUUGAACAGCAACUAAACAAUGGAGUUUCACAAAUACAGAAAUAUUUCAUCACCUGCUGGAACCACAUCUUUCUGACAUUAGAACCCAUGUAGUGAAUAGUUGCACACCAGAUAUCAAAAA